GUGACUCCAUAAACAAACAUAGGUUAUAGAUUAAUUAGGAGGAAAAAAAAAAGAUCAAAUGACAACAACAAUAUGCUCAAUGAAAAAGCUAUUAGGCUUUUGCAUUUUUUGUUCUUGCUUGACACUUCUUGCUUGUGGUGGCACGGCGGAUUCCGGCAACGGCUUUCGCGUUCGGGGUGUUAAUCUUGGAGGUUGGCUGGUUGUGGAAGGAUGGACUAAACCAUCUCUGUUCAGUGACAUACCAAACAAGGAUUUGUUGGAUGGAACUUUUCUCCGGCUCAAGUCAGUGAAAUCUGGAAAAUACCUAUGCCCUGAGAAACAUGGAGAAAGAGUAGUGCUCAGGGAGCCAAAUAACACUUUUAAUCCUAUAUUUAGAUUGUGGAGGAUCAAUGAGACUACGUUUAAUUUCCGACUCCAUGACAAGAGAUUCCUGGGACUGGGAAAUGGGUCCCCAUGCCUUUCACAUGCUUCAAAAUCAGCUGGCCCGUCAGAAACCUUUGAGAUUUCGAGACACCACCACAACUCCACCCAAAUCCGAAUCAAAGCUUCUAAUGGCUUCUUCUUGCAGGUAAAUAAGAAGGGGCAUGUGAUAGCUGAUUGCGAAGGGGAUAGCGACUGGGGAAACCAUGAUCCAUCUGUUUUUGUGAUCGAGAGUGUAAGGCAACUUGAUGGCGAGUAUCAAGUGACUAAUGGUUAUGGCCCUAUUAUAGCACCAAAAAUUAUGUGGGAUCACUGGAACACAUUCAUAACUGAAGAAGAUUUCAAGUUCAUGUCACGCAAUGGAAUUAACACCGUGAGAAUUCCAGUGGGGUGGUGGAUAGCCAAGGGUCCAACUCCCCCAGCGCCAUACGUUGGAGGAUCCUUGCAACUCUUAGACAAGGCCUUCUCAUGGGCGCUAAAGCAUCAAUUGAAGGUUAUAGUUGACCUGCAUGCCGCACCGGGUUCUCAAACCGGCAGCACCGUUAGCUCUUCCAGAGACGGAUUUAUGGAAUGGGGAGAGACUGAAGAAAAUAUACGAGAGACCGUAGCUAUCGUAGACUUCUUAACUGCAAGGUAUGCUAAACACCCAAGUCUUUACGCGGUUGAGCUGCUCAACGAGCCUCUUUUCCCGGAUGUUUCUCUGGAGAAGCUGACCAACUACUACCGUGCUGGUUACUAUGCUGUCCGAAACCACUCCUCCACUGCUUAUGUCCUGUUAUCAAACCGGUUAGGAUGGAAUCCGGCUGAUCCAAGAGAACUCCUCCCCAUUAGCACCGAGUUGAAAGGAUCCGUAAUUGAUGUCCAUUACUACCAGAUGUUUAUGGAAAUCUUUAAGAGCAUGAAUUUCAAGCAAAAUGUUGAUUACCUCUACACAAACGUCUCGACUGAGUUGAAUCAACUCUCUACACCAAAUGGGCCUCUAGUUUUUGUUGGGGAAUGGGCAACUGAUUGGGCAACAGCCGGGUUUGCGAAUGCAACAAAAGAGGAUUACCAAACAUUUUCAAAGGCCCAAUUGGAAGUGUAUGGCCGCGCAACAUUCGGCUGGGCUUACUGGACUUUCAAAUGUGAACUCCGACAUUUCAGCAUGGAGUGGAUGAUCACGAAUGGUUACAUAAACAGUCGCAGUCUAACUGGAGUGUCCAGCGACGCGUCUCGAAGAUCUGGUGAUGCGAUUAGGAAUUUUUCGAAAUUAUCAGCAGACAUCCUGAAACUCCAAGAUACGCGCAUUCUGGCUCUCUUAAACUUGAUUGGCCCCAUUUUCAUUUUUGUUUUGACAUUUUGUAUCGUGUCUAACUCGUAGAGACUCGGAAAAGAUUUCCGGUAACUAGGUUUGAUAAGGGAUUGGUUUAGAAAUGACACCGGCCCAACAUUGAUUCCUAAGAUUUGGAAAUUAUAUCGAUACGUAUCAGCCGAUAUGGGUGCCAAAUCAAAAUUCACAACGGUAUUUCGGUGAGUAGGGUUUAUGGUGAGUCAGACACUCGCACUAGAGUAGGGUUUGUUUUUUCCUUCUCAGUUACAUGCUUGUAAUAGUAGAUGCUGGAAAAUGAAUGAGUACCAGAAUCAAGGUGUUAAUUUU